CAUCCUCAAAAGAAUAAAAAAAAUGCUUCCCAAAAGACUCGUCUCCAUGAAAAAACUAGCCAGGAAACUUAAGUCAACGACCAAUGUCGUCGAUUUCUCCGGCGAGCCGCGAUGGCGGCGCUACGAGUGCUUGCACAGCAGCGAUCAUCGCACCAUUUCGAUGACGGGGACUUUCGUCGUGUACGUGGGCGAAGAUAGGCGGAGGUUCACCGUCCCGAUGAACUACCUAUCGCAUCCGUUAUUCAAAAUUUUGCUCGACAAGGCGUACGACGAAUUUGGCUUCGACCAACAAAACGGGCUCGUUUUCCCGUGUAGUGUCGCCGCAUUUCAAGAAGUGAUCACCGCCGUCGAAUGCUGCAACGGGAUGUUCGAGUUCGGAGAGUUGGUCGAGAAUCUUAAGAUAUUUUAGAU